AAGUCAAAGGAAAGUAGUAGGGUGACCCAUCCUCGUUUCAAAAGAAGUCCUUUUUAUUUCAUUCCAUUUCAUUUCAAUAUAGCGAAAUAUCAUCCCCCUCUAAAUUCUCUCUCCCCUUAAAAUUGUCUUUUCCAUGACUGCAACAGCUCGUCUGAGGCGAAUUGGCACCGCUGUCGCAGCAGCCGUCACCACUGCAUAUGGCGGCACAAUCCUUCUCGUUCCUCCCGUCUCUGCCAAUGAUCAUGGUGGCAGUGGAUCCCACCUUGCCGCCAUCCGGCAGAAGAUCCACGACCCUAGCGCCACCAUUCCAUCAAGAGAAGUCCAGCGUUCGUCGCUUAUCGGGACCAGUCCAGCUAACCCCCUCGAUGUUCUUGUCAUUGGUGGAGGCGCCACGGGUUCGGGCGUGGCACUGGAUGCCGUGACGCGUGGACUCCGCGUUGGUCUCGUUGAGAGAGAGGAUUUCUCUUCGGGAACUUCCUCCCGCUCCACUAAGCUCAUACAUGGAGGUGUUCGAUAUUUGGAGAAAGCCGUCUUUAAAUUUGAUUAUGGCCAACUAAAGUUAGUAUUCCAUGCACUCGAGGAGCGUAAACAAGUUAUUGACAAUGCACCCCACCUGUGCAAUGCUUUGCCUUGCAUGACUCCAUGUUUUGACUGGUUUGAAGUAGUGUACUACUGGAUUGGCUUGAAAAUGUAUGACUUGAUUGCUGGAGCACGAUUAUUGCACUUAUCAAGAUUUUACUCUACAGAGGAGUCUGUUGAGCUCUUUCCCACUUUGGCAAAGGAGGGAAAAGGUAGAAGACUGAGAGGCACUGUUGUGUAUUACGAUGGGCAAAUGAAUGAUGCUAGACUUAAUGUUGGAUUGGCUUGCACUGCUGCAUUAGCUGGUGCAACGGUGCUGAACCAUGCUGAAGUUGUAUCUUUACUGAAGGAUGAUAUUGGUGAACGGAUAAUUGGUGCGCAAAUAAGGGACACUUUGACCGGCAAAGAAUUUGAUACAUAUGCAAAAGUAAUUGUGAAUGCGGCUGGCCCAUUUUGCGACUCCAUAAGGAAAAUGGCUGACAAAAAUGCAAGAGAUAUGAUUUGUCCAAGUAGCGGCGUACAUAUCAUACUCCCUGAUUAUUAUUCUCCCGAGGGAAUGGGCCUAAUUGUUCCUAAAACAAAGGAUGGCCGUGUUGUUUUCAUGCUACCAUGGCUAGGACGAACAGUAGCUGGGACUACAGAUUCUAACACCGCCAUUACUUUUCUCCCUGAACCACAUGAAGAUGAAAUACAAUUCAUACUUGAUGCUAUAUCUGAUUACCUUAAUGUUAAAGUCCGGCGCACUGAUGUUCUCUCUGCUUGGAGUGGCAUUCGCCCAUUAGCAAUGGAUCCAUCAGCAAAAAAUACAGAGAGUAUCUCCAGGGAUCAUGUUGUCUGCGAGGAUCUCCCUGGUUUGAUCACUAUCACUGGUGGCAAGUGGACCACCUAUCGUAGCAUGGCAGAAGAUGCUGUCGAUGCAGCAAUAAAGUCUGGGAAGCUGACCCCCACCAGUGGAUGUGUGACUCACAAUCUCCAUAUUGUUGGUGGGGAAGGGUGGGAUCCUGCUUCUUUUACAGUUCUUACUCAACAAUAUAUGCGCAUGAAAAUAUCAUAUAAGGGUAAAGUUGUUCCUGGGGUAAUGGACACUGCGUCUGCAAAGCAUUUGUCUCACGCAUAUGGAACAUUGGCUGAACGAGUGGCUGCCAUUGCUCAGGAUGAAUGCUUGGGUAAGCGACUUGCUCAUGGUUACCCUUUUCUGGAGGCAGAGGUGGCAUACUGUGCACGGCAUGAAUAUUGCGAAUCUGCCAUUGAUUUCAUUGCAAGGAGGACUCGUCUUGCUUUCCUCGACACUGAUGCAGCAGGACGGGCAUUGCCUCGAGUGAUUCAAAUAUUAGCAGCAGAGCACAAAUGGGAUAAGUCAAGACAGAAGCAGGAGCUGCAGAAGGCUAAAGAAUUUUUGGAGACUUUUAAAUCCUCCAAAAAUGCUCAGUUCCAUGACGGGAAACAUAAUUAGUACUGUAUUUCGUCUAGCCAUGUAACAUAUGGAAGCUCUGCAAUUAUUUCCUUUCUUCCUUUUUUUUAUUUUAUUUUCAGGUUUUUUGUUUCAUUUGUGUUAUGGGAAAGUGAAGGUUGAGAUGAGAUGAGAUGAGAUGAGAUGAGAUGAAUGAUACAAAAAGAAUGGCUUGGAACUAUUUGAUGUUUCUCAGGUUCUGGAAGUAGUAGGGGCCAAUUUCGAACCUGUUGCUGUUCAGUUGCCUAAAGUUAAGUAGGUCAGUAGGAGACAUCGAUCUUUGAAAUCGAUUAAUUGACCAAAUUUAUUACACUAUCUCUGCCAAAAGAAUGAUUUGAUAAACUGAGUAAACCUAAUACAUCAUUGUAACGUGUAAGGUUAAAUCUAUCUGUUACUUGAAGAUAUUUGUAGUGCUCGAUACAGAAGAAGCAUGAGCAACUUUACUAGAGAUCGAAGAGAGAAUUUCAAAGGUGUGUAGGUCAACAUUUAAGAGUGUGAAUGUGUGAUGAACUUGGGAAAAGUUUUACUGCAGUCGUCAGGCUUGGAGGAGGCCGAAACAGUCGAGGGGUGCGUUGUGGAAGAACUCCUGGUCGAUGAGUUCAAAUCUGAAGAGGCGUGCAAGAUACUCCACGGAACUGAGCUUUGCAAUG